CUUUUCGCCCUCGAGAGCCCCUAUAUAUUGCCCCUCCGCCGCAACACACUGCUUCACACAGCAACAGUCGACCAACACAACCACACAAGCUCCACUAUCAUCUUUUCUGAGUUCGAUCGGACCAAUCGCCUCAGAUCUCUUCACCCAUGGCCGCCGUCCAGGUCCAAGCCGCGACUCACGCGAUGCCCGCCGAGGAGGUUCCGGUGCCGGCAGUGGUGGAGGUUGUCGAGUCGGCGGUCGUCGUCGUCGAGGAGACUCCGGUGGCGGAGGUGGAGGUCGUCGAGCCGGUCGUCGCCGCAGUGGAGGUGGCCGCGGUGGAGGUUGUCGAGCCGGUCCCAGUCCUCGCCGCGGAGGAGGCCGUGACCGAGCUGGCAAAGGAGACGGUGGCAGCUCCAGCGGAGACCGAAGUGGCGGAGACAGAGACCAAGGAGGCCGAGCCGGAGGCUGUCGCCGCCGAGGAGGCCCCCGCUGCCCCGGCAGUGGCGGAGACGACUGAGACCGAAGUGGUGGAGCGUGAAGCAGCACCGGUCGAGGCCGAGACCAAGGAGCCAGAGCAGGAGGCUGCUCCGGCCGAGGUCGAGACCGAAGAGGCGGCGGCAGAGACACCCGCCGUGGAGGAGGUGACAGCAGACGCCGCUGCGGCAGUGCAGGAGGAGCCAGCUGCUGCUACCGAGGCCCCUGUGGAGGAGGCGACCGAGGCGGCCGUGGCCGUAGAGGCGGCGCCGGCAGAAGCAGAUGCACCAGCUGCUGCUGCCGCUGUCGAGGCCGAGGCCAAGGCCGAAGAGCCCGUGGUAGAGGCACCGGUCGUGGUGGAGGAAGCGGUGCCGGCCGAGGCACCUGUGGAGGUGGCUCCGGUCGUCGAGGCAGUGCCGGCGGAGGCACCGGCUGCUGCUGCUGCUGACGAGGCCGACAAGACCACCGAGUGAUCGAUCGAGUUGACGCGCAGGUCAGGUGGGAUCGAGAGCUAGCAACCUUUUGGUUGGCUUCAGUGCGCGUGUCGUGUCAUGCCAUGACAUCGGUACGUGUCGUUUAUUACUACGGUACUAUUGCAUGUUGUCUGUCUGCGUGCGUGUACAUUGUACGUGAGGUAGCUACGUACAAGUCUGGUAGCGUACGUUCGUCAUUGUCGUUGUGAGGUGGGUUCAAUAAUGUGUUUCUGGGAUUGUGGGUCCACUGUCAGUGCUGAUGUAGCGCCACUGGCUUUGGACCUGAAGUGCCUAUUUUUUUCAUUUCUGGAAAAUGUUCCUGUGUUGGUUAAUAUAUGUAGCUAUUGUUGUACUGUA